UUUGCAAGUGUACCUAAUAUUAUGGCCGGCGAGGAGCCUGCGCAAAUGUUGCGCAGUAAUGACGUCUACGCGCAGAGGAAGCCUCGCCCAGUUUGUUCGUGUGUCCUUUAGGUUUACAGUAAACUAGACUUCUUCUGCAAACAACACACAUUCAUCAGCGCGUCAUGUUGCUCGCAUUCCUUCUGGCCUGUUUCGUCUGUGGUUCCUACGGAGUAACGCAUGAAGAGUUGUGCUUCGGCCAAGCGUAUCGCUUCCCUUUCCAAUACACGCCACCUUUAUUUACCGGGAAGAUAUACUUCACUCCGAAGGGCUCAGAAAGCAAAAGGCUGCUGGUUGACAAUGGCGAGGCGAAGGACCCGCGUGUCAAAAUUCUGCACACUUCUAUGUCCCUGCAAGAGUUGACAGAACAAGAUGAGGGAAUUUUCUCAGUCCAAUAUGAUUAUUCCCCCUUCAAUAUUGUCUCUCUGAAAAUAUUAGACUGUGCUGACAAGGUGGAAAAAUAUUACCAUGGGAUGUACCGCAUCGAAAUUCUUAGUAGUGUGCACAUUCUGGAGUUCACUCCCAUUGGCAAGCCGGACCAAACAACGAUCCUGUGGAACCGCACCGACCCUAAAGGCCGUCAGGCAGUCAGGGGCCAGUUCAAGAACAAUUAUUGGGAGAUUUCAGAUCUCACACAGGACGAUAGCGGCUACUACAACUUGAGGCGAAAGAGCUACGGGUUGUUGUCCAGGAAAAAGCUGGCAGUCACAGAGCAGAGCAGAAGCCAUGAACCCAAGGAGGGCGCGACUUGUUUCAUACAAUACCCUUCUUCCUUCGUUCCAUGGGACGUCACCUUCACUCCGAGUCGGGAGGGUGAUGACAAAGAUCUGAUGGUGGCUGGAAAUUGGGAAUUUAAGUACCGACUCCACCCGGACAGUUACGGCCUAGAAAUCUUUCCUGUGGAAAGCAAAGAUUCUGGCCUCUACGAGUUCCGAGACAAAGAUGGCCACCUGGGGUUAUCGGCCAGUCUGGACGUGGAAGAGGCUCACGCUCCUACAUAUGUUUACAUCAUCUUGUCUGUCGUCUUCAUUGCGGGGGUGGCGAUCUGCUGUUGCUGCAUCAGAAGAUCCUGCUGUAAAAAGAAAGCCUCCAAAACAAACACUCCUCAGUUAAUAUCAAAUACGCCAACGACGCCUGCUGUGUAUUACCACGGCCCAACUCAACCCACAGGAACAAGUUACCCUGCUGCAGCUUACUCAUAUCAGCCGAGUCCUGCUCCUGCAGCAGUUCCAGCGCCUGCAGCCCUUCCCGCCUAUCAGCCCUACAAGCCGGUCAGCACUACGGAACCUCCUGUAACAGGACCACCUGUGUUCAACACAGUGGUCGUCCAUCCCAGCCCAGGGCAGCUUGAGACUGUUGUUUCAGGCGGGCAUGACUCCGCCCCGGGCCCGACCUUUGGAUCCGGUUUCUUAUCGUCGGACCCCGGGCCCAGGUUCGAACUCAAAGGGAUGAACUUUUCUUCCGCCCUCAGCUCAGACGCCGACAUCGCCAACGUUUACACCUCCAAGAAGCUCAGCUUCAAGUGAGGGGCCGCAAGCAAGGACGAGAAUGUCGGGAGGGGGAGGAGCCGCACGCUGCCAGGUGUAUCAUUCAAAAAAAAAAAAGUGUGCAUGUGUGGCUUUUUUCCCUGCAUGAACACAUGAACAUACGUCGUCGUCAGUGUUUGUUGUUUUUGGCGUGCUUUUGCUGGCUUUAAAAGGACACUAAGAUACAACUCAGUGGCGUUUUAACCGUGCAUAGAGUGGGAAAGUUACCCACUGUAGGGGGAGUGGCGCAGCGUGGAAGGGUUCUUCCACAGCAAAUUCAUUCAAAAGGGAUGUUUUUAUUAUAUACCGGUUUGGAUUCUCUGUCCGUCAUGGCUGAAAUGUCAUUUUAUUCACCCCUUCUUAAGAAUGACAAAUACAAUAUGUCUGCAUAGAAAUAUACAGAGUGACGCAAUUUAUAGUCGUCCCUUGUUUGUCACUGUUAAUUGGUUCCGGACAUGACCGUGAUGAAUGAAUUCCGCAAAGUAGGAAUGAUUAAUGGAAUCUUGUCAUAGCUACGGCAUAAAAAACAUUUAAAUGUGUUUUUCAACAUUAUGACAUGAAAUAACACCCUUUACACUUCAAAAAAGAGCUGACAAAAUAUAGGAUUUUAAGAAAAUAAAUACUGUAUUUUUCCGGAGUAUAAGUCGCACCGGCCGAAAAUGCAUAACAAAGAAGGAAAAAAACAUAUAUAAGUCGCACUGGAGUAUAAGUCGCAUUUUUGGGGGAAAUGUAUUUGAUAAAAGCCAACACCAAGAAAAGACAUUUGAAAGGCAAUUUAAAAUUAAAGCUGCAAGCAGCGUUGGUCGGGUCCGCAUUUUGGCAGGUGCUAGUCCUAGGUGUCCCAAUACUUUUGUCCAGUGGUAGUCCUGAGUGAGACCUACAUAGAGGUUUUUGUUGCGUGUCUCUACGAUAUUCGUACUGGGAGUUAGAGGAAGUUGUGUCUGUGUUUUUUUCCUAGGUGCUGCGGCACAGUGGUUCUUUUCUUUGAAGGCUCGUAAAAUCAAAACCGUAGCACUUAUUAAAACGCUUUCGCCAACUUUUAAUCAGAUUGGUUCAAUCUCUCUCCUGUAGUAGUUUGAAGCCAAAACAACAAACGCGCUCAGAGGAGAUAAUAUUAUAUAUUUGGUGACCGCUUUUUAAAAAAAAAUUUGUUUUGAAGUGGGGAUAUCAAACUUCCUGUUGAUUUUUGCUGAAGGAUUUCAAUCUAUGAAAUGUAGGUCUAAGUGAGACCUACGUAGAGGUUUUUGUUUCAUGUCUCUAAAACGUUCCUACCGGAAGUUACAAGCAGUUUUGUCUGUGUUUUCCUCUGAGAAGCAGUUUUGUCUCUGUUUUAUUCAAAAAUUGCGCUAGAGCGCAAUUUUGAGUUUUGGGGUUCGGUUUUUUUUAGAUCGCAAUUUCCACCAGUCCCAAUGUGUGUAAAAAUUUUGGUGAGUUUUGAAGUAUUUUAAGGGGGUCAAAUUACAGCUCAAAGAGGCUAAAAUUUGUGUUUUUAGUCAUUUUUUGUGUUGAAGGGGAAAUUGCCAACUUCCUGUUGGUUUUUGCCUGAGGAUGUGAAAUUAUGAAUUGUAGGUCUAAGUGAGACCUACAUACAGGUUUUUGUUUCAUGUCUCUACGACCUUCCUAGUGGGAGUUACAGGCAGUUUGUUUUUGUUUUUUUCCUAGGGGGCACUAGAGCGCAAUUUUGAUUUUUGGGGUUUGGUUUUUUACUAAAGUGUGCUGUCCCAGUUUUUCUAUGGGUGUAUAAAAUUUGGUGAGUUUUGAAGCAUGUUAAGGGUGGCAAAGUAGUGCGCAAAGCUGCGGAAUAAUAAUCAACCUUACAAUUUCAAUAGGUUCCUUUGUACCUGUACAAAGGACUCCCUGUGGGAGUCCUUUGUACAGGGUACAUGCGAACCCUAAUAAUAAAUAAAGAAUAGUGAACAACAGGCUGAAUAAGUGUACGUUAUGAGGCAUAAAUAACCAACUGAGAACGUGCCUGGUAUGUUAACGUAACAUAUUAUGGUAAGUCAUUCAAAUAACUAUAACAUAUAGAACAUGCUAUACGUUUACCAAACAAUCUGUCACUCCUAAUCGCUAAAUCCCAUGAAAUCUUAUACGUCUAGUCUCUUACGUGAAUGAGAUAAAUCAGGGGUCACCAACCUGUUUGAAACCAAGAGCUACUUCUUGGGUAGUGAUUAAUGCGAAGGGCUACCAGUUUGAUACACACUUAAAUAAAUUGCCAGAAAUAGCCAAUUUGCACAAUUUACCUUUAACUCUAUGUUAUUAUCAAUAAUUAAUGAUAUUUACACUUAAUUGAACGGUUUAAAAGAGGAGAAAACACGUAAAAAAUGACAAUUAAAUUUUGAAACAUAGUUUCUCUUCAAUUUCGACUCUUUAAAAUUCAAAAUUCAACCGAAAAAAAGAAGAGAAAAACUAGCUAAUUCGAAUCUUUUUGAAAAAAUUAAAAAAAGAAUUUAUGGAACAUCAUUAGUAAUUUUUCCUGAUUAAGAUUAAUUUUAGAAUGUUGAUGACAUGUUUUAAAUAGGUUAAAAUCCAAUCUGCACUUUGUUAGAAUAUAUAACAAAUUGGACCAAGCUAUAUUUCUAACAAAGACAAAUCAUUAUUCCUUCUAGAUUUUCCCGAACAAAAAUUUUAAAAGAAAUUCAAAAUAAAUUUGAUUCUACAGAUUUUCUAGAUUUGCCAGAAUAAUUUUUUUGAAUUUUUAUCAUAAGUUUGAAGAAAUAUUUCUCAAAUAUUUGUCGAAAAAACAGAAGCUAAAAUGAAGAAUUAAAUUAAAAUGUAUUUAUUAUUCUUUACAAUAAAAAAAACAUUAAUUUACUUGAACAUUGAUUUAAAUUGUCAGGAAAGAAGAGGAAGGAAUUUAAAAGGUAAAAAGGUAUAUGUGUUUAAAAAUCCUAAAAUCAUUUUUAAGGUUGUAUUUUUUCUCUAAAAUUGUCUUUCUGAAAGUUAUAAGAAGCAAAGUAAAAAAAUUAAUGAAUUUAUUUAAACAAGUGAAGACCAAGUCUUUAAAAUAUUUUCUUGGAAUUUUAAAUUCUAUUUGAGUUUUGUCUCUCUUAGAAUUAAAAAUGUCGUGCAAAGUGAGACCAGCUUGCUAGUAAAUAAAUAACAUUUAAAAAAUAGAGGCAGCUCACUGGUAAGUGCUGCUAUUUGAGCUAUUUUUAGAACAGGCCAGCGGGCUACUCAUCUGGUCCUUACGGGCUGCCUGGGGCCCGCGGGCACCGCGUUGGUGACCCCUGAGCUAAAUAAUAUUAUUUGAUAUUUUACGCUAAUGUGUUAAUAAUUUCACACAUAAGUCGCUCCUGAGUAUAAGUCGCACCCCCGGCCAAACUAUGACAAAAACUGCGACUUAUAGUCCGAAAAAUACGGUAAAUGUGUUUUUCAACAUUAUGACAUCCCUCCAGACAUGAAAUAGUGAAGGGAAUUAUAUUUAUAUAGCGCUUUUUCUCUAGUGACUCAAAGCACUUUUACAUAGUGAAAUCCAAUAUCUAAGUUACAUUUAAAGCAGUGUGGGUGGCACUGGGAGCAGGUGGGUAAAGUGUCUUGCCUAAGGACACAACGGCAGUGACUAGGAUGGCGGAAGCGGGGGUCGAACUUGGAACCCUCAAGUUGCUGGCACGGCCACUCUACCAACCGAGCUAUACCGCCCCAAAUAACACCCUUUACACUUCAAAAAAGAGCUGGAAAAAUAUAGGAUUUUAGGAAAAGAAAUACUAAAAACUAGUGAAAUGAUCUUUCCAUGCAGCUAAGUUAAUUUGACUUGAUAAGACAUCCUAAAUUAAAAUGUGUAUAUAUAGAAAUUAGCGGGAUAAUAGAAAUAGGUGUUUUUUUUCCGGAAUGCAAGCAUUAUUAAAAUUGCAAUUCUUAAUUUAAGCAUCCUUGGGAUGUUGUCUUUUUAAAAAAAAAAAUUUUAUUUUUAAGGCAAGUCCCAGGAAUACAAUUACAUAUCAAAUGUUCCCUUUACCCCCAAAAAAACAAAGACACCCACAAAAUAUAAAAAUAAAAUAGGGGAAAAUAAAUGAAUUCAAGUAAGUAAAUACAAAUACAAUACAUUUAAAUGACAGUACAUAAAAUACAUACACCAGUCAAAUGGGUACAGGUAAAUAUUGAUGUUGCAGAAUCUUUAAACGAGAUUUUCUAUGUGGGGACGACUAAAAUAUUUUAUUUGAAUGUUUUUUCUACUCAAUUUUAACAUUUUUAAACUACAAUAGACAAAGUAUAAUUUUUCAUGCUAAAAUUUAAGAUUAUGAUGUAAAGUCAAUGACUAAAAACAAGUAAAUAGCUUUUAAAACGAGGGAAAUUACUAGAAAUAAAAUUUAAAAUCCUGACAAGUGGCAAGUAAUUUGCACCUUUACACUCUUUUCGUCUAAUAAUAAUUAAAUAUUUACUAAUGACUAAUCUAGUAAUGCUGCCUGAGGCUGAGCCAAUCAGUGGCCACGAUACUGAACUGUCUCCUCUAGUGGCUAAUGCUACAGUAGUACUGAUAUGUUCACUUUACUUUGCCAUUGUUAUGCUUGAAAGUGCUCAAUUUAGGUCAAAAAUGUUGGAGGAUAUCCUUUUGAAAAAAUGAAUUCCCAAAAACAGCGAUGUGGCCUGGGGUCGACUCUACCACAAAAAACAACAAUAGCCUAAAAAAUAUGGUAGCCCUAAAGGAACAUAACAUAAGACAAUCCUUUUUUCAAAAUCCAAGAUUUUUGGACCGAUUUUAUUCUGUUGCUAGGCAGAAAUCAUACACCUCCAUCAUUAAUGUGCUCUUUGACAACGUUAAAUCAAUGCUGGGUUCUGACAUUGAACAUUGAAUUUUGGUCAUUUUUCAACCGAUAUUUUACAACACAAAUACAACGUUAAAACUACAUGCUUUUCCACAACGUUUAUCCAAUGUCAGGUUCUGACAUUGAUUGGAACAUUAAAUUUUGGUCAUUUUUCAACCGAUAUUUUACAACACAAAUACAACGUUGACACUACAUGCUUUUAUCCAAUGUCAGGUUCUGACGUUGAUUUGAUCAUUGAAUUGUGGCAAUUUCCCAACCAUCCAACGUUGGACGUCAACCUUGUCUCUAUUUACAAACACAACUGUUUUGCAACGUUGUUUCAAAGUCCGUUUUAAAAGGACACGUACGUAUAAUCAACAUUGUAUCGAUGUCUUGUGCCUGCUGGGAUGUAGACCCUUUAACAAUUCGAGGCGUGGCCAAAAACAUCACUAUCUGAUGCUCUGUAUUAAAUAUCAUUCUGCCCUAAUAAUGCAAGGUAAGAACGCCACUGAGCAUGUGCAGAAGUAGAAAAUCCCUCAAUCGUGGAGUUACACAUGUCAGCCACUAGGGGGGAUGGGGGGGGGGGCUUUAUGUCCAUAUAUGUAAUUAGCUAAAUGUGUGUUUUAUUAUGGACUUAUGAAAUAGCUAUAAAUGAUAUACAGUAUAUAGAGAGAGAGCGAGAGAGAGAGAGCAUACACGUGUUGCUGUUGUUAGGAUGUAUCAAAUGAACUUUUCUGCUUCCUCAGGUGACAUUUACACCAGUGUUCCCCAACCUUUUUUCCACCAGGGACCGGUUUAAUGUAUGCAUUACAGUGUUUCCCAUAAACUGCCAAGAUACCUGUGGCGGUGGGGGCGUGGCUAUGGGCGUGAUCACCAUGACAUCAUCGAGUAAUUUGCAUAAUUUACUACAAAGAUAUGAUUUUCUCUAAAAAGGCUCAAAAAAUGUAUACUUACUAAUUAAUAAUAACAGUUUUGUUUUAAACGUCCAUCCAUCCAUUUUACAAUAUAAUUACAACACUUUAUGUGCAUAUUUAUAUACAGAUUUGAAGUUACUCACUGAAAUAUAUUUAUUAAUUGUGGUUCUUACAAAAAAUAUAUCUUAUAAAAAUAUAAAAGCUAAAAUGUCUCUUAAAGUUCUGCCCCUUUAAUUAGUGCAUACUAAAUAAUUUAACUUUAGCCUACUACUACAAGCAUAUUAUUUACCAGCAACAUAAAGUGAAACAGAGGCAGAGGUGUCCUGCCACAGUCAGUAACAAAUAAACAGAAAACAGUAGUGGUGGUAGAUAUCAAUGUUCAAUCAAUGUUUAUUUAUAUAGCCCUAAAUCACAAGUGUCUCAAAGGGCUGUACAAGCCACAACGACAUCCUCGGUACAGAGCCCACAUACGGGCAAGGAAAAACUCACCCCAGUGGGACGUCGGUGAAUGACUAUGAGAAACCUUGGAGAGGACCGCAUAUGUGGGUAACCCCCCCCCUCUAGGGGAGACCGAAAGCAACGGAUGUCGAGUGGGUCUGACAUAACAUUGUGAAAGUCCAGUCCACAGUGGAUCCAACACAUCAGCGGGAGUCCAGUCCACAGCGGGGCCAACAGGAAACCAUCCCGAGCGGAGACGGGUCAGCAGCGCAGAGAUGUCCCCAACCGAUGCACAGGCUAGUGG